GUUUUCAUCCCCAUAUAAUGCCGAGAGAAUGGAGAGAGGAGAGCUAGGGUUUUAGAUCGUCUGUCCGAGCCUCUCAGCGGCUGAUCCGGAGAACUUUCUCGCUAACCAACCAGGAUGACUAAGCGUACAAAGAAGGCUGGUAUUGUUGGAAAGUAUGGAACCCGUUAUGGGGCUAGUCUGCGAAAGCAGAUCAAGAAGAUGGAGGUUUCUCAGCAUAGCAAAUACUUCUGCGAGUUUUGUGGAAAGUAUGCUGUGAAGAGGAAGGCAGUGGGGAUUUGGGGCUGCAAGGAUUGUGGUAAAGUCAAAGCAGGCGGGGCUUACACAUUGAACACUGCCAGUGCCGUGACAGUUCGGAGCACAAUUAGGAGGCUGAGGGAGCAAACUGAGAGCUGAUCUAUAUCUUCAUCACUAUGAUUGUUGAACUUAAUAUCAAGUGCAGUCUACCUGUGUCAUUUUCUGUUCUUAAAAUUUGAAAAACAUUCAGUCUAGUCAAGAGUCUGGAAAUGGCUGGAAACAGUUUUCCUGGAAGGAGCAAUUGCCAUAUGUGAACUGAGCCGUGAUUGGCAUUUGAGCUAAUGAAAUUUUGCCCUUUUUGUGUUUA